UGCGGUUGGUUAUGUUAUCGUUUCACCUCCAUUAUUUUGAAUUUGGCGCUGCAAUGUAAUGCGCUACCCCGCUUCAGCACUGUUCAUUGCUCGGGCUUGUGUCCGGAAGUCAUAUCCCACAAUGCCACUGUCAUAUAUCACGCAUGCGUACCGGGUCUCCAAAUGUAUCUGAGAGAAGACGAUGAGCUCGAAAAUUCCUAGAAAAGCUUUGGCCAUUCAGGCGCGGAAGAAGCGCUCAAAAGCUAAACCGCGUUUUAAAAACGACGACAAGUCAAAGAGAGCCUCGUCUGAUCCCUCCCAGAAAUGUGAGACAUAUGGGGAGGAAGAAGAAGAGGAGGAGAUCCUGGGAUCUGAUGAUGAUGAACAGGAAGACCCUCAUGACUAUGUCAAAGGUGGCUACCACCCUGUCAAGAUUGGAGACAUGUUCAACAGCCGGUACCAUGUUGUCAGGAAACUUGGAUGGGGACAUUUUUCAACAGUCUGGCUCAGCUGGGAUAUGCAACAGAAGAGGUUUGUGGCCCUGAAGGUCGUCAAAAGUGCUCAGCAUUAUACAGAGACAGCCCUGGAUGAAAUUAAGUUAUUAAAAUGUGUUCGCAACAGUGACGAGAAUGAUCCCUACAGAAAGAAGACAGUACAGUUAUUGGAUGAUUUUAAGAUAACAGGGGUGAAUGGGACACAUGUAUGUAUGGUGUUUGAGGUGUUGGGCUAUAACUUGUUGAAGCUUAUCAUUCGAUCCAGCUAUCAGGGGAUACCCCUCGCCAAUGUCAGAUGUAUAAUAAAACAGGUGCUGCAAGGGCUGCACUACCUUCAUGCCAAGUGCAAGAUCAUCCACACCGAUAUCAAACCUGAGAACAUUCUCAUGUGUGUCGAUGAAACCCACAUCCGGAAGCUAGCAGCUGAUGCUUUUGAGUGGCAAAAGCUAGGUCUCAAACUACCAGGCUCUGCAGUGAGCACAGCCCCAAAAGAAAAGCCCAUGGAUCCAAGUAAGAUGUCAAAGAACAAAAAGAAGAAGCUGAAAAAGAAGAUGAAGAAACAACAACAGCUGCUGGAGAUGCAGAUGCAACAAAUACAGGAAUUAGAAGCAGCACCGCAGACCCCCGAGAACCAGGAAGAAGGGGGUGCACUGACCAACAGUGAGAGUUCCAACAGCCUUCAGCAGCUGGGUGAGAUGGGGAGUCUGCCCACCCCUAGUGAGAGCACCAGCAGCCUACAGGAAUUAGCAGGAGAUGCUGAGAACAGCAGGGACAGCCCACCGCAAGACAACAACGAACCAAUCGUAGUAGACAACGCCGAUACUGACACCACCACGGACAACAGUGUCAAGACAGAGGAGAACAUGGAGGAACAAGAAAAUAAUAAUGCAGCUGACAUGGACCAGCCAAAGACUACAACAAAUUCCACAGAUGAAGUUGAGAUGAGUUCCGAGUGUCCAGUGAUUGAGACUGUGUCACAGAAUGAUCUCGGCAAAGUUUCGUCCAGUGAGAGCCAGAUCACAGCAAUUGCCAAGCUGAAUGUCACGGAUGACGAGACAAAGGAAAAUUGUCAACCGAUCUGUAACGGCCACGACACUGGAGGAGGAGGAGGCAGCAGUGGAGGAGGGGGGACGCCGGUGGAGAUGGACAUGAAUAAAAAUGUGCAGGAGAACUGCGAGGCGGUGACACCCCCUGUUGAGAACGACAUGGAACACAGUCAGUCCGAGGGGGGGUCUGCUGAGGAUAAACCCCAGGCAGAAGCCCCCUCUGAGGAGGGACCAGACAACAAUUCAAACGAUUUGACCGUUGAAAAAGCCAACAGUGUAGACAGACCUGAUCCAGUCAGGGAGGUCUGUGAUAUACCUGUGAAGAUAGCUGAUUUGGGAAAUGCAUGCUGGACGUAUCACCACUUCACUGAGGACAUCCAGACCAGGCAGUACCGCUGUCUUGAGGUGUUGGUAGGGGCAGGCUACGGCACACCUGCUGAUAUAUGGAGUACAGCAUGUAUGGCGUUUGAGCUUGCAACUGGUGAUUAUUUAUUCGAGCCCCACUCUGGAGAAGGAUACACCCGAGAUGAGGACCACCUGGCCCAUGUCAUAGAGCUCCUCGGUCCCAUUCCCAGGCAUAUAGCACUGUCAGGAAAAUACUCCAGGGAGUAUUUCAAUAGGAGAGGCGAGCUGAGACAUAUAACCAAGUUGAAGCCAUGGCAGUUGUUUGAUGUGUUAACAGAGAAAUAUGAAUGGGACCCACAAGAAGCACAUGAAUUUGCAGAUUUUCUCCUUCCAAUGUUAGAAUUUGACCCGGACCAACGUGCUACUGCUGAGGAUUCUUUAACUCACCCGUGGCUCCACUCCUGACCUGGAGUCCCCUCCCUGAUCCCCCUCCCUCCCUCCCUCCCCAUCAGUAACUGGGUCUUCACCUGACUGCCACAUGACCAGGCAAGGAAGCUACGAUCUUGUUUAGCUGUGUUUGUGCAGACUAUCUAGCAUGUAACCAUCACUUGCUGUCUCUCACCACGCCUGUGUACUGACUGACGUAUGUACAACACCAUCACUAGUGAUACCGUGCAUUGCUGUACUGCGUCAUUCACCCCUCGUAUAGUGCCUGUUUGUUUGAAACGACUCUGCGAAAGGCUGUUUGGAAUUCCUUCCAGAACCCACAAGAAAUAAGAGGGCUUUUUCAAAGGGUUAUGAUGCAUAUUACUUUUGCAUAUUGAGAUUGCGCUUGGGAUAUAUCACUAUUUUCAUGGUGCUGCCUAGAUGAAGUAACCACAAGCUUGAAGUUCAUGUGAACAGAGGUUGACAGAGACAAAUAUCAUUUCUUGGAGGACCCUUUGAAAGAGCUGCCUGUUGGUGUUGUUUCUUGGUUAAACAGUGUGGGUUUCUGACUUGAUUUGACUCAUGAUCUGUUCAAACAAACAGGCUGUUGGAAAUAUUAUUGUCAAUGGAAAUCUAUUGUUGCAGAUAGUGGGCUGUUGUAAUCAUAAUAACCUGUCAUCAUCAUAAGUGUCCACGAUGAUAGUUGGAUGUAUCAUCAGAUCAUCAGUAACAGCUUGAACUGCACCCUGCGGGGCCAUCCAUCACCAGUCCGCCUCAUCCUCCUAGUUCUGCCAGCCUCCUUCGUGCUAACCCAGACAUAGGACCUUAGAGAAACUGGCUGCCACACUGGUUUCAUGUUUGUUACUUGUUCGCUGUCUUCUCAUGUCCAUAGUGAAGGUUGUGCAUUUCAAGUUUACAGAGACCGUUAAUUGUUGAAUUCAUUGGAUUUAAGAUUGCCUGGAACCCAGAUACAGAUACAUGUGUGGAAACACUUAUCGUGUGUUAUGUUAGAGGCCUUUGCGUUGAAUGAACUGCAUACUCUUCCCACGACACCGAAGCAGCCCUGAUUCAUCCAUUGUCCAUGAUGCUCCUGGCAGACUGACAUAGGAUAGAGUUGCAGCAUUACUGAUCAUGGCCUGUCUGGACUCCUCAUUGAACCAUAUGUAUAUAGUGCUCAUCCUCUACAAUGCAACUCCUGGAAGCAAGCAUUAUGCAUCUAGCCACCCAGGCACCACUUGUGUUAUGCCCAGUGUCCACCUCAAAGCCAAGCUGCAGUAAGCAGCACCGAGAUCUCAUCCUGUAGUAAUAGACCUGUAAAUCAGUGGGAUAUCCGCCCAAUUCACAUUUUGUUUUGUGAUCAGACAAAAACACAUUUCGUACUUGAUAAUCCAUUUCUGCCUAAAGUGAAAUAUUUCGCAGUCAAAUGGAAUUUGGAUGUUCAAGUAUGAAAUAUUCCAUGCUGUCUCAUUUGGUGUCAUUGCCUGAAUUCCGUUGGUUAUUCAGUGAAGCUAUUUUUUUUGUUUGGUGAAGACAUUCAUGGCAUAUUUCUGUUUGAGGUGGACUAGAGGAAGCAUGUAAAUGUUGUACACAGUUAUAGAGACUUGAUACGGAGCACUCUUGUAGUCAUCACUAUGUUAAUAUUAUGACAAACUGUACAUGUAUGCAAGUCUACCUGGUGGUUCAAACAUACCCAUCAUUCAGAGAUGGUUAGUACCAGUCAGUCAUCCCUUGUCAAGCUUGUCUUGCUGUAUUUUGUUGACAAAUUUAUGGAGUAAAACAAUCCUGACUUGUGAAAUAUGCGAUAUUGUUCACUUGCUACGAAUGAUGUACCAGUGUUUUUGUUUGUCUUGUUUUAAAGAUGUACAUUUGUAUGCUGUGAAACCGUGCUGGUUCGGACCCUGUUAGUCUUGGCACAAUUCCAUCUGGAACCUCCUGUAUAAAAUGUAUGAAAAGGAUAUUUAUCCUUUCUGUGACAUAAGCCACAAGAAACCCAAAGCAGGGAAAAUCUAUUUUGGUCAGCUAACAAAAAUCAUAUAUUAUGCCAGUAUGUUAAUGAAAAAAUCUGCAAAGAUAAGUUUGGGCAAUGAGACAAAAAUGUUCUUGUCACAGUCUGUUACCUCUGAACAAGGAUUUUGUUCAUCCUUAACUUUUGUUAAUGCAGACAAAGGGAACUGUAGUGUCUGGAUCAACGGUUUCACUGCAGAGCCGAAACAGCUACAUUGCACUGUCUUGAAGUUCCUGAUAAUCCACUUGUCAGAAAUAUUUACUACUGUCUGGUUCUGUCUUUAGAUCUGUUCAUUAAGUCUUUGGUUUGCUAUUGCUGAAAGCCUAGUAUCCAGAACACUUGUUCUCAGUUCACAGCCGUGAUUCAGGCAUGCAAUAUAAUGAUUUUCACGUACCGGUAGCAGCGUUGACCUGAUUUCUGAUAUGUAGAGUCUAGUUUACCCUCAAUGAAUCUCUGCAUACAGCUUAUGAGAAUUAUUUGUCUCUAGCAAGUUGAACAUAUUUUAUGUAUUUCAAUGAUCAAUGUAAGAGUUUAGGUCUUGAACAGAAACAGGUUUUUUUGUACAUUUUUGCACCAAGUUACUGUUCAUUAUAAUAAGGUAGUUUAGUAGGGACUGAAAUUCAUUUCUUCACUUUUGCAGAAAGACUGAAUGUCCACAUGUCCACAUUUGGAAGGUUUUGUCCCAGGGGGUGUAAAAACUCAGGGGAUACAUGAUAAACAUUUCACGAUAUAAUAUUGGGGUUGGGUUACGACAAAUGUCAUACAUUUCAUUAUAUCAUGUAGGGGUUGGUUUACAACACAUGAUGUUAUCCAAUGUUUUUUCUUUCCAUCAACAUGAUCAAUGGACUGUGUGACUCUCAGCUUAAGACAAUAUUAUUAUCCAAACUGACAUGUUUUUAUGUCAAUCUUGAAUAGUCCAUUUCAGUUUCUUUUCUGAAAUGUAAUGUGUAAGUAUUGUGGACUGAUCAGCUAUUGAAGGACUCUCUUUAAGCAGUAAAAAUAUUGUUGGUACUGUGAUACUGCCUGUGCAAAUAAGAUGUCUCAUAUUGUGAGACGUCGUGAUAUGAACCUGUUUCACGGUUACACCAUUAACUUUAGAAGAUACACAGUUGAUGCUUUAGGCUAGGGCUUCUUUGCAUUGUAUAGUUCGACAGAGCUGAAGAGUUAUCUGAAAACCAAAGACCAUUUCUUUUUUGAGAUGCCUGUUCAGCAUUCGUUUGAAGCUGUGCUAUUGAUUUUGUGAUAAGACAGAAAUAAUUACAACUAUUUUUUAAAUACAAAUCUACACUUCCAAUAAUUUACUGCGUCAUAUAAUUGGCUUGCAUUCAUGGAAUUUGAUGUUGAUUUCAAUUUUAUGAAAUUGUGUAUGUAUGAUUAAGCUAGGCUUUUCCUACUACCGGGUUUUUGUUAUAUCUUCCCAGAUACACCUGAGCUCUAGCUAUGUCACGAACAUUUAGAAUGUGUGAGUUAAACCCCUGAGAAUUGGUCCACAUUUCUGAGAAACAAUUCUGUGGCAAGUGCCGUAAAAACACUUGUGGCGAGUGCCGUGAAACAAUUCUGUGGCGAGUGCCGUGAAACAAUUCUGUGGCAAGUACCAUAAAAACAAUAGUGGCGAGUGGCAUGAGCCAGUUCUGUAGUGAGUGCUGUUGAACUUCAGUCCCCUCAUGGCUUUGGCACAGACUUCUAGAAAAAGCAUAUUUUUUCCUAUGAACAAACUAAUAACCUAAAUGUGAUAUUUAUCCGACAACUGUUUUUAUACUCUAUGUGGCAUUCCAUCAACUAAUAUGACAUCACUAUUCAAGAUUAACUUACAAGCAUACAUAUUCACUGGAUCAUAGGGGACAACAAUAUCCAGGAGUUAAGUCAUUCCAUGAUUACAGAUUUGGAGAGGAGUCUUUUAUAAAGCAGUGACCAAUUAUUUUUUAUCUGAAAUUGUAGAGAGAUGUUUUGGUUGAUUAUAUGAACCCUCUAUUCCUAGUCUUUGUUUGGGGGUUUACAGCUGGUUUAUUCACAGGGUAGCCUCAUGUAGUAGGGUAGCCUGAUGCUUGGUGACCUCGCUCGUCGUCGCAGCAGAACCACUUGAUCAGGGUACAAUUGUGAAACCUGACAUUACAGUUUUUCGUGUCCUCCGCUGAUACUGCUAAAAUCCUCAUUUGGUUUGUCACAGUUGCUGCCCUGUGACCAGUGGAAAUCUGGAAGUACUAGUUGUUACGGAAACCACCAGCUUGUAUUUGAAAGGAGCUGUGAACUACUUAUAUUAACACACGGUCUCUGUCCCUGACUCUCAUAUGUUUUUCCUUUUAAAUGUUCAUGUUCAUAUUGUUUCAAAGUCUCAUGUUAUUGAAAUAGAUUAUAUGUGUCUCUGAAAACUAAACAAAUUGUAAACAUUCUGAUUUGACAUAAUGGUACCUAGCAAAUAGGUAUUUGGGAACCUUGACUUGCAAGUAUUAGGGAAGCAGUUUUUAGUUAUAUUUGUUCAAAUAGGCUGUAUGUCUAUGUAAAUGUCUUUAGACACUCUUUCAAGAAUUCAACUACAUCAGAUUGUGCCCUUUCUGUUAAUUCUGUUUAUCAAAGAUAUGUUUCUCCCUGGUCUAAUUAAGUGUUAUUUCUUCGUAGAUGAUCAUUCUUAAGCCUUUCGUUCAGUGAUCAAUGAGUCUGCUACUGGAUUUGAUGCUAACACAGUUAUGGAAAGUCACUUUGAGAUGUAGUCCCUCACACUGCUCACUGUACAGCCAUUGGCAUCUGCUACCUCAAGGUUCUAGUUUGCAGUGGUAGAUCAGUGCUGCAUCUCAAGGACAAAAACACUUAAACUCCAAAGUCCUGUAUGGCAAACCAUACCUUAUUUCUUCUGAUCUCACGAUGCCUGUGCAGGGCCAUGUUGACCCACAAUGCACCAUUCGGUAGUUAGUAAAAAUGAGUUAACUGUACUUAGACUGGUAAUGUACACAUCUAUUGGAGAGAAUUAUAAGUCAAAUAAAAUAGACAAAUCUGCUUCAUUGGGUCUUUAUUUAUUUAAGAUUUUUAUAUUUGAUUACCGGUACACUAUUUUAGAAUGCUAAGGGUUUUUUGUUUAUUGUUUCAUGUAGUAUUAGCACACAGUUUUGCAAACAUAUGUUUGGAACAUUUAGUCUUCAGUGUUGGGGAUGCUAACUAAGAUGCUCAUUGAUUAAUGUAUAUGUAGGGUCAGUAUGGUGAACAGCCUCAGAGGCAGGUCCAGGAUUUUGUGAAAGGGAAGGUGCACGCAAUACCCAUGUCACAAAAUUAUUGGGUGUCUGAAAAAAGGCAUACGCACCCCCUCUCUGAAUCUGUAAGUGAUUGUUCAGUUAUGUGUGAAAGCUGUGAUGUAUAUUGAACGUUGAAAACCCUAAGGCCCUGAACAUGCAUGCUUGUUUGUUUCCACAGCUCUUGUAAAGGAAAACAUUACAUUACAAUCGGAAGUUGUUUGGUCUGAUCUGAAGUUGUCUGGUCUGAUCUGAGUGAAAAUGAAACAUUUUUAAAUUUGUUUGUAUAUAGAGGAUUCAAGUAAUAGCGUUUUGAUAAAUAAGAGUCUAAUUAUUCAUAAGAUGGUAUUAUUUAUAGCAAGAGCGGCCUUAAGAAAUAAGUGCAGAAUUGUCAUCAGCAUGACAGUUGAGCUGUUUCUAACAUGCUUUCAUAGACAGUUGCCAGUUUACCAAGAAAUACAAGCAUCAGAACGAAGUGUGUGUGCCUAGAUAUUUCAGUGCUGUCAAAACUUUAUUUGGGACAGUCAUUAGGAGAUCAAAGGAACACUUUAUGAUACAGGUUAUUUCUUUAUAAUGUUCUCUAACAAUAUCUUAGUACUCAGUUGACAAGAAUCACUCCUGGUAUAGUCCUUAAAUGCAAUAACUAAAGUAUGCAGAUUUUACACUUGACAAUUUUUAAAGAUCAAUAAGACUUCUCUGUCAUCCUCAGCUGUCCUGAGAAUGGAGUUCCUGUGUUGGCACUACUAGACAUGCUGAAUAGUGCAAGGCUGCAUCUGUGUACAUAGCUACUGUUUGCCUUGUAUAGGAUGUGAAGUGGAACACUAUUAGGCGGUACUUUUAAGAAAGAAUUGGUUUACGGAUUCAGAUGACUGACAAAAAUUUUAAAAAUCUGUCCCGGAAAGCAGUUAUUUAUUCGGCUGCAUACAAACUUACAUAACUUUAGAACAACAAAACAGAAAUCUGAAACGUCAUCAUACCAAUCGUUAUUUUUCAAACAACAAUCCGUAAACCAAGAAAUUAUAAGUCUGGCCUAACUGCUGUCGAUUUCUUUAUUUAUGAAAAAAACUCCUGUUUACCAGCUCUCAAUGUGAUUUUGAGUAAUGACAUGACUGCUCAACAGCUUUCCUGAUACCCGUACUCCCGGGGUAUGGUUUCAGGCAUUGACACACAUCUUGCAGAGUUUGGUGCGUUGGUGAACACGGUUAGUUGAUGUUCACUUGUUGACGUGUACAUAGCAGGCACAAACGACACUAAAUAUGGUCCUGAGUCCCGUUUCACAAACCGAUCUUAGUGCUAAGACCAUCGGAACUCCGCAACUGUAACACUGACUUGCAGUAGCGCAAAGAUUGUUUUGUGGAACAGGACCUGAUCCACACCUGUGCUGGGGAUAUCGGCCUUAUGCAACAUUUCAUUUUCAUUGACAUCCAUUAGCAAGCUAAAUGGACUCGUCCCUUGUAUUGUUGUUUCUGUUCAGUUCACACCUAAUGGAACUUUUUAUGACCAGUUUGAGAUGUAUAUUUCAGGAAAGAAUAGCUCGACUGAGCUUGGAUGUUAAAAGUGCUUGUUACCAUGGUUACAAUAUCAUUUGUGAUUUAGUUUGCCUUUGCUGUUUGCAUGCUCUAUGUAUACAAUUGUAAAAAGGACUACCACAAGCCCAAACUGUUCAAAUAAAAAGGGCUUGCAUUUU